AAAUUAGCCAUUUCCCCCUCCUUUUCUCUACUUCUCUCGCCUGCUUUCUCUGUUUCUAUUUCUGUCUGUUACACACACAAGCAUACAUAUAUUUCUCAUAGAAGCAUUCCUUUUGUGUUCCUUUAAAUCUUUUUUUUUUUUUUCUGCAAGGAAAGUUUAUCUCCCUGAGAUUCCUGUAGAGACUACUUAACUCCCCUCUGCAAAGAAGCUACUUUCUUCAUUCUUACCUGGUUUAGAAGAAUCUUAGGGAGGCAGUUCUUAAUAAUCCUCUCUCUCUUCCACUCCCUCCUCCCCCCAACCCUGGCUGGAGCUGUGAGACAGUCAAUCCAGGCAAAAGACAAGACUGACAAAGGUUCAUUUAUAAAGAGCCUCCUUCUAGUACCUCCCUUCUCCUCCUUCUGCGCAAAACCUUCUACUGAGUUGGAGAAUUUAAGAAGCUUCUUCUGCCAAGAAGGCCAAAAGGAAAGAAGGGGGUCUGGAAAUCAAAAUGAAAUUUAUAGUACUUGUCUUUAUCAUUGAGAUGGCUUUGCUGUCAGGAAUCCAAACCUUGCCUGUAAAUCGUCACUCUUGCUACAGAAAGAUACUAAAAGAUGGCAACUGUCACAACCUUCCAGAAGGAGUACCUGACAUGACAAAGAUUGAUGUAAAUGUUCAGGAUCAUUUCUGGGAUGGGCAAGGAUGUGAAAUGAUCUGCUACUGCAACUUCAGUGAACUGCUCUGCUGCCCCAAAGAUAUCUUCUUUGGGCCAAAGAUCUCCUUUGUGAUUCCUUGUAACAAUUAUUGAGAUUCUUCAAGUAUUCCAGAGAACACCUUCCCUAAUAUCCAAAUCUUCUGUGUAGUUGUAUUCUAGUUUCUAUCCAGUGCAAUAAAGUAGUUUUUAUAAAUUCUUA